GCUCGGCGCGGGAGGACGGGGCAGAGCGCAGGGUGGCAGCGGCGGGGAGCGGGGCCGGUGCCCAUGUGCCCGCGGUCCCGGCGCGGCGAUGAAGCAGCGACGAUGACGGCCACCGCCGAGGGCACCCGCCGGCCCUGGAAGCCGGACCCGGGGCAGGCGCAGGGCGGUCGGGCCCCACCGUGGCCGUCGAUGCCGCUGACCCUGACGGUGCUGGCGUGGCUGGGCACCGGCACCACCAUGGCCGGCAUCAACAAAUGGAUCUUCUCGGCGCACGGGUUCCGGUACCCGCUGCUGCUGUCGGCGCUGCACAUGCUGUCGGGGGCGGCCGUGGGGCAGGCGCUGGGCUGGGCGCGGGGGCUGGCCCCACCGAGCCCGCGGCACCGCGCCAGGAUCUACCUGCUCAGCAUCACCUUCUGCACCAGCGUGGCCCUGGGCAACGUGGGCUUGAGCUCCGUGCAGCUGGACGUGGCGCAGGCCGUGGCUGUCACCACGCCGCUGGUGACGCUGCUGCUGUCGCGGGUGCUGGGGCCCCGGCGGCACCACCCGAUGCAGUACUUGGCUAUGGGGCCCGUGUGCGCCGGGGCCGCCUGCGCCAUCGCCAGCGGCCACCAGCCCGGCUGCGGCUUCCUGCUGGCUGCUGCCGUGCUCCGCGCCCUCAAGUCCAUCCAGCAGAGUGUCCUGCUGCAGGAGGACCGGCUGGACGCGCUCUCCCUGCUCUGCCUGACGUCCCUGCCCAGCUUCUGCCUGCUCCUGGGGGCUGCGGUGGUGCUGGAAGUGGGGCCCUCCUGGGACGGGGUCCUGCGCUACGACAGCAGCGUGUGGGGCUGGGUGCUGCUGAGCUGCCUGGGCUCCGUGCUCUACAACCUGGCCACGUCGCGCGUGCUGGCCCUCACCUCCGCGCUCACCGUGCACCUGCUGGGCAGCGUCACCGUGGUGGGGAACCUGCUGCUGUCGCGCCUCGUGUUCGGCACCCGCCUGAGCGGGCUCAGCUACGCGGGCACCGCGCUGGCGCUGGCCGGGCUGCUCCUGCUCCACCAGCCCCGGCUCCUCGCGGGGCGCUGGGCACGGGUACCGCAGCCGUGA